UGUGAAACAUCCAUCGAAAAUAAGCACAAGCACAAGCAGCUAAAGCAAUCUCAGUGGUCUUCAAAACACACACACACACACACAAAAAACAUCGAUCGAGGUAGUUAGAGAUGGCCGGACGAGAUGACCUGAAGCUGCUCGGCACAUGGCCAAGCCCGUUUGUUACCAGGGUGAAGCUGGCACUCGCCCUGAAGGGCCUGAGCUACGAGGACGUGGAGGAGGACCUGUACAAGAAGAGCGAGCUUCUCCUCAAGUCCAACCCGGUGCACAAGAAGAUACCAGUGCUCAUCCACAACGGCGCCCCGGUCUGCGAGUCCAUGAUCAUUCUGCAGUACAUCGACGAAGUGUUCGCCGACACCGGCCCGUCCCUUCUCCCAGCGGACCCCUACGAGCGCGCCAUUGCUCGCUUCUGGAUGGCCUACGUUGACGACAAGCUGGUAGCCCCAUGGAGGCAGUGGUUGAGGGGCAAGACAGAGGAGGAGAAAUCCGAGGGAAAGAAGCAGGCGUUCGCGGCGGUGGAGAUUCUUGAAGGGGCCCUGAGGGAAUGCUCCAAGGGAGGGGGCUUCUUCGGCGGCGACGGCCUCGGGCUCGUCGACGUUGCGCUGGGAGGCGUUCUGUCGUGGAUGAAGGUGACCGAGGUGUUGUCCGGUGACAAGAUCUUCGAUGCCGCCAAGACCCCGCUCCUGGCCGCAUGGGUGGAGCGCUUCAGCGAGCUCGACGCGGCCAAGGUGGCCCUGCCAGACGUGGGCAGGCUGCUUGAGUUCGCCAAGGCACGAGAGGCUGCCGCUGCACCGUCUAACUGAGCCAGCACACAUCCAGAAUAACUAAAAUUUGCUAUUUUUAAAUGUUGUUUGUUUGGCUGCUUGAUGUAAUAAUGUAGCAGUAACUCAUGUCAUCCAUUUAUUCAGUAUUGAUUAUGUCCUUGAGUUUUUAAUAUUUUGCUUUUGUGUGGAGUUCCCAAAUUUUAUAAUGCGUGCAUGUAUUAGCUGAGGUUCUCUUUCUGAUUCAAGAGAUGAGUUCGACAGUUUUUUUAAUCUACCA